AUGCCCAAUAUUGUCGCAUUAAAGCUGGGCGGCAGCUAUUCGCUGAUGGCGGGUCACCAGGACGAGGGCCAUAUCCUUGCGCUGGACCAAUUGGCGUUGCAGCAGCAAAUCAGUGCGAAUUUCCUUUUCCACGCGUUCUCGAACUACAAGAAAACGCCAUCCGAGCGAAAAACGCUGGACUUCAUUGCCAAAAAAUGGCUGCACAUCCAGAGGCUGUGGCGCGAGUUUCGGCUGAGGGAUAAGCAAAUACGGCGGCGAGGCCACAAGGAUGCGCGCUUUCUGGAGCACGACUACUUCCAGCAGGAGCUCUUCGAGCUGGUCCACGAAAAGUAUAUGGUUGUCCGUGGAUUCCUGAGUCGUGACAAAAGAAAUCUGCUCGCCGGUCAGCCAGCAGCACGGCCAUAAUGUUUAUUCAGACGACGGUCGACGGCGACAAGGCGGUGGAAGACCCGUUUAUAAGAAGCAAAAUGGAGCCGGCAGGAAAAGGAUGAGCCAAAAAGGAUACGGCGACACGUGGAAACUUAUUCCCCUGAAAAAACACCAUUCGAGUGUGUGUGGCCUGCACUGAGUCAACAGCUCGAUUCCGGCCCUGGGAUGAUAUCCGUCAACAGCGAUUCCAUUUCCAUUCCCCAAUGCCAAUUCGAAUACGAGUCCCAAUCCCAAUCCCAAUCCAAUGGGCAAUCAAUCUGACUGGACUCUGGACGCCAUCUAUGCCCAAUGAUUGAUUGCAUUCGGCAAUGCUUUCCACAAUUAUUAUGAUUUGCCAAAAGGUUAUACAAGUCA